UUCUUGGAACAUUCAUCGUUAUUCAUCACCGAGGUACUUAGAGAUCCGUAACUAGUUUUAUUUCAUCCUCUUUCUUCCCUCUGCCCUCGCCCGUCCUGUCUCAUGAUGGAUUUGACCUCCAAGUCUAGCGCAAGGAAAGGUGCAAGCAAACCCGAUCCGGGGAAUGACUCCUCUGGACUCAAGGCCAAAUCAUCUUUCAGUGCUCUACCUGAGUCUGCAUCUGCUGCCACUACGAAGAAACUCGGUCAAGUAAAAAUGGCCGCUCGACGGCCUCAGAACCAGCGCCGCGUCGCUCCACGACUCAUUUCCAAAGCCCUUCAAAACUCCGAGUCCCAGCAACGAGAGGUACACCAGAUUUCCUCCGCAGAAUCCUCUCCGAAGGAUACCAUCAGCGAACUUCCUUCGGACUGGGAGGCGAAGGUGGGCAUGGACGCGCGCACCUUGUGGUCUCAGGACGGCGACACCAAAGGUGCACUCACUCUGUACAGAGGAAACCGGACCGCGGACAAUAUUACAGUAAAGAUUGAUGAGGUUGAUGGGUUCCUCUCGUCGACUCCCAUCCAAGCAGGUCCAUCAACAGAGUCCCUGUUCCGACCAGUUCCGCUCAAUUACCCAUCUGCGGAAGCGAAAGGCGAUAGGUCCGGAAAUCAAGAUUCCGGAGUCUCUGCCGAUCUCGUUACCACCCUAGAGAACGAAAACCGUGCUCUUAUGGAUACGAUUAUGGAGCUGCGUAACGUGAACAACCACGCCAACGAACAACGCCAAAAGGCGAGCGUGGCGGAGUACAUGUACGUCCAUCUCCGGCAGCUCCAGUUGCAGCGCUCCAUUUCCAAUUUUGGGAGUCGCAAGAUCUCGGUGGAUAAGCUGGUGGAUACAUUCAAGAAGCAUUUGCACGAGCUGGAGAACAUCGGGAACAAGUUUUUGGAGGAUCUUCCAGAAGAUUUUGGUCGUACGGAAUUUGAUGAGAUGCUUUCUGGUGUGAAGAGGGAGUCAGAGUCCGUUGACCUUGAAAUAGGGACCCCCCCGGCCAAAAAGUUCAGACUCGCAGACAAUGCUUACAUGGUCAAGGGUAGGCAGGCGCAAUAGAUAAAUUCUGUUUCUUUUAUUGGUUUCUUGACAUACACAUUAAUGCAUUACACAUCAAGCUUGUUUGUACUCGUUCUGUCUCAUUGUUAUGCGGGG